UUCCAAUUCGCCUUCCACCAACACGUUGAAUCAACACCGGUUAUUUACCGGCUGGAUUAAAGCAAUCGUUUCGCGAGAACAAAUUUUAUUGUACAUUAUUAAUUGCAAAACAUUCAAUUAAUUGAAAUGGGAGUAAAGCAAAAAGUUAAAAAACCAUCCAGAAAAACAGUAGCGUCAGAAUCGAGUACCAAAUUCAGCUACUUGAAAAAGCUGACGAAAACCCAAUUAUUUUUUGGGUUUCUAUUCAUUCUCGGAUUUGGUUUGUUCGUAAAGUACUAUUUUACUCCAGAACCAUUAUAUAAGCCAAGCGACAUAAUUCGUCUUCAUUUGGACGUUGCGAAUCUCAUAAUUGAGCAAGAAUUGCAGAUCCGUUCCCAUCUCUCGGAGGAUCCAACCAUUGAAAUCGUAAAGAAUGGAUUGAAACCUGUUCAGGAAAGAAUCUCAAGUUUGAUGGUGCAGACGAGUCAGUAUGAAAAAAUGGAUCAGAUCUCAGGUGGCCCAACCCAGUUUAUCGAUUCGUCAAUACGAGAAUUAGAUCACAUAAUUAGCACUCAACUAGUCAAACUAACCUUUGAAGCAUUGACUUCCAUUGCUGAGAAGUACAGAUCCAUCUCCCAACUCUGUCGAGGCAGUGAAAAUAUCGUGAAGGAGAAUAAGAAAACCACGGAUGACAUUAUUCUUCGUGUCAUGAUAAUCGAGAACCUCGUCCUUAUUCCAAUGGACGACGAGAAAGAAGAAAUUGAGAAAUUGGCAAACAGCAAUUUCACAACAAUGGAGGAAGCAAUGCGGAAAUUGUACCAUUUAGCAGAGAUGUACGACGAACUGGGACGGAUAGUAGAAAAAACCUCGGUCGAAUUGGGAUUCGAAUCAGGAUCAGAAUUUUUCGAAUUUCUGCUAACUGGGUCGGAUGAGGAUAUUGAAAAGAUUGAACCAGUUAUGCAAAAGUUAGUCAAGUGGAAGGAGGUCAUUGAUGAAGAAAAAAAGAAGAAUAUGGUUUACUACAAAAUAUUUUGGGUGCUCAAGGGCAGAAUUUUGGACAAUAUUUUUAUGCUCAUUGAAAAAAUGAAGUCAUACGAACACGAGAAGAGAGCCCCAUUUAACGAAUUGACGACCAUGAUCAUUGGGGAGAUAAGAAAUCUAAAGACAAGAAUUACCAAUUUGCAGUACAAGUAUGCAAAGAAGAAGGUGGAGCUCUGACAAACUUGAGAAGACGCACAAUGAAAUCCGGCACUUUCUCUGCAUGUUUUCAAAUUCAUGUAUGCAUUUGAAGCUACCAUUGAGUUAACCGCAGUGAUGGUUCUAAUUAAUGCUGGACUAUCGGUAAAAUUAAAUGAGAAUAAAUUGUUGAUGAGUGACGAUAUUGAUAAGAG